GCUAUUGGCCAGCGGCACACACGUCGCCAAUUGAGGAUGAACGCAGAAGUAGGCGGGGCACCGCCAGCUCCGGCGCUAGAGCCCCACUGGCUGUCACACUUCCGGUGUCAGCAGCUUUUCUCUGCUUCUCGCUGAGCGGCGUGGGUGCUGUGUAUUGCGCCGGGGAACCCGUUACCGCCUGGCCGGAGCCCGUCCUUCCAGCAGCCUUGACCUACUCACACCGCACCGUGCCCCAGGAGUCGGAGAGAUGGAGGCGGAGUCUGUUACCGCGUCGCAAUCUGACAAAGAUAAAGCCGUAAAGACUCACUUUAAAGUGACCAGAUUUAUUAUGGAGUCAGGUGUUAAGCUGGGAAUGCAGUCCAUUCCGAUAGCCACUGCUUGUACUAUUUAUCACAAGUUCUUCCAUGAGACCAGACUCGAUGACUAUGACCCGUAUCUUGUAGCCAUGUCUGCUAUUUACCUGGCUGGGAAGGUAGAGGAACAACACCUGCGAACAAGGGACAUCAUUAAUGUCUGUCACAGGUACCUGAAUCCGGGAAGCGAACCGCUGGAAGUGGAUUCCAAGUUCUGGGAGCUCCGGGACAGCAUUGUGCAGUGUGAAUUACUAAUGCUUAGGCUGUUACAUUUCCGUGUCUCAUUCAGCCAUCCACACAAAUAUUUGCUACAUUACCUCGUUUCUUUAAAGAACUGGAUGAAUCGGCAUAGCUGGGAGCGCAACCCUGUUGCUACGGCUUCUUGGGCUCUCCUCAGGGACAGCUACCAUGGGGAUAUAUGCCUCCGCUAUGAGGCACAACACAUUGCUGUAGCUGUGAUAUACUUUGCUUUGCAGUGCUAUGGGGUAGAAGUGCCAGGCAACGAGAGCGCGGAAAAUCCAUGGUGGAAGGUGUUUAGCGAAGACCUUACAAGAGCGACCAUUGAUAACAUAAUAUCUGAGCUGAUACAGAUAUAUACUAUAGAUACUGAAAUACCUUGACUGCAAGGGGUUAUUCUCAGGCCUUGGAUCUAAGCGGACUGUAUGAAGACAAGCGAUGAGGGCCACUCUCCUUGUGUAGUGCACAGUGACCAUCAGAAGCAAGCUAUGUUUUGCCUACAACAGGCAUCUUCAGGCUGUCACAGAAGACAUUAAUAGUCUGGGUACAUUCUGUUAUACUGAGGAAAAUACAUGGAUGUGUUUGCUCACCGCUUUAGUGAUGGGACGUAGGUAUUGUACAUGGAUACUCUUGAUGGAUUGAUGGUUCAUAUGUGGCUUUUACGAUAUCACUAAUAUAAUGUACAGUGGUGGUCAUUCCGAGUUGUUCGCUCGUUGCCGAUUUUCGCAACGGAGCGAUUAAGGCAAAAAUGCGCAUGGUACGCAGCGCUCAUGCGCUAAGUAUUUUAGCACAAAACUUAGUAGAUUUACUCACGUCCGACCGAAGAAUUUUCAUCGUUGAAGUGAUCGGAGUGUGAUUGACAGGAAGUGGGUGUUUCUGGGUGGAAACUGACCGUUUUCUGGGAGUGUGCGGAAAAACGCAGGCGUGCCACAAUAAAACGCUGGAGUGUCUGGAGAAACGGGGGAGUGGCUGGCCGAAUGCAGGGCGUGUUUGUGACAUCAAACCAGGAACGAAACGGGCUGAGCUGAUCGCAGUGUAGGAGUAAGUCUCGAGCUACUCAGAAAAUUCCUAAGAAUUAUUUAUUCGCAAUUCUGCUAUGCUAAGAUACACUCCCAGAGGGCGGCGGCCUAGCGUGUGCAAUGCUGCUAAAAUCUGCAGCGAACAACUCGGAAUGAGGGCCAGUAUACGGUGAGCCACUGGAAAAAACAGUGCCUGGAUUUUAAACAUUUAAAACAUGUUAUAAGGCAAAGCAAUGUGAUCAUGUAUUUUAACUGUACUCCAAAAAUGUAUAUAUUUUUUAAUUGUGUACAGUCUUUGAAUUUCAUUUUUUGUCUUUUACAUGUACCUUUGUCAUUUAGCAGAAAUGAUUGUACAUAAAUAGGGUUUACCUGUU